AUGGGCAAGAUCAUCUUCUACGAGGACAGAAACUUCCAGGGCCGCCACUAUGAGUGCAUGAAUGACUGCUCGGAUAUUUCUUCAUACCUGAGCCGUGUUGGCUCCAUCAGGGUGGAGAGCGGUUGUUUCGUUGCCUACGAGCGCAAUGGCUUCAUGGGCCAACAGUUUUUCCUGCGGAGGGGGGAGUACCAUGACAUCCAGCGCAUGAUGAGCAUGGGCAUGAUGUUUGACAACAUCAGAUCCUGCCGCAUGAUUCCUCCAUACAGAGGAUCUUUCAGAAUGAAGAUCUAUGAGAGGGAUAAUUUCGGAGGACAGAUGUACGAGCUGAUGGAUGACUGUGAUAACAUCAUGGAUCGUUUCCAUAUGUCCGACUGCCAGUCUUGUCAUGUGAUGGAGGGUCACUGGCUCAUGUAUGAGCAGCCUCACUAUAGAGGCAGGAUGAUAUACUUCAGGCCCGGAGAGUACAGGAGCUUCAGGGAGAUGGGAUACAGUAACAUGAGAUUUAUGAGCAUGAGGCGUAUCACUGACAUGUGCUAA